AGCGCUACACUCCUUCUCUUCCUCAAGCUAGAUGCGGCUUCUGAUCCAGCUGCCCUGGGCUCGCCAUGCAAAUCUGGGGUGAGUAAUGAAAUCGAACCCCCUUGGCUCCGGGAGUGAUGCUGUUUCCAUGAGCCCAUGUGAUGCUCCGAUAGUACAGCAGCUGCAGCUCUCUCCUUCUCCUGCUCUUCCAUAAGCACAGGCUGUCAUGGCGACUCCCAACAAUGUUACUCCCACCAACUGCAGCUGGUGGCCCAUUUCAGCACUGGAGAACGAUGCAGGCAAAUCCAUGGAAGACGAGGCCAACCAGGACCCGGCACACCCUGCGUUCAGAUCCAAGGACAGGCUGGUUUUGUAUCAUUGGACCCAGUCAUUCAGCUCACAGAAGGUCCGCCUGGUCAUCGCAGAAAAGGGGUUACCCUGCGAAGAGCGGGAUGUGAGCAUGCCGCUGACUGAGCACAAAGAGCCAUGGUUUAUGCGUCUCAAUCUUGGGGAAGAGGUACCUGUGAUCAUCCACGGAGACAACAUCAUCAGUGACUAUAAUCAGAUCAUCGAUUACAUGGAGAAGAACUUCACAGGAGAGCAUGUUACCCAGCUAAUUCCGGAGGAGGGGAGCCUCCUGCAUUCCAGAGUGAUGCAGUACAGAGAGAUCCUGGAUUCCCUGCCCAUGGAUGCCUAUACACACGGAUGCAUUCUCCACCCAGAGCUCACCAUGGACUCUAUGAUUCCAAAGUAUGCUACAGCCGAGAUCCGAAGACAUUUAGUUAAUGCCAGCUCAGACCUGAUGAAAUUAGACCACGAAGAGGAGCCACAGCUAUCAGAGCCAUACCUUUCCAAACAGAAGAAGCUCAUGGCCAAGAUCCUGGAACAUGACAAUGUGAACUACUUGAAGAAAAUCCUGGGUGAUCUGGGAAUGGUGCUAGAUCAGAUUGAAGCUGAGCUGGAGAAAAGAAAAAUUGAAUACCAAGGGCAGAAGUGUGAACUCUGGCUUUGUGGGUGCGUCUUCACCUUGGCUGACAUCUUGUUGGGAGCCACGCUGCAUCGCCUCAAGUUUCUAGGACUCUCUAAGAAAUACUGGGAAGACGGCAGUAGGCCCAACCUACAGAACUUCUUUGAAAGGAUACAAAAACGCUUUGCCUUCAGGAAAGUUUUGGGAGACAUACACACCACCCUUCUCUCGGCAGUGGUACCCAAUGCCUUUAGGCUGGUCAAGCGGAAACCGCCAUCCUUCUUCGGAGCCUCCUUCCUCAUGGGAUCUCUAGGGGGGAUGGGGUAUUUUGCGUAUUGGUAUCUAAAGAAAAAAUACAUCUAAUGCUGGCUGUUCUGGUGUUUAGUUUGGUGUCUCUGUGCUGUGUGAAACCAUGAUGAAUCUUCAGUAACUGUAAUGAAAUUUGAAACCAAUAUGAAUAACUAUACUGUUAAUGUAACAUUCCAUAGUCUAGAAGUAGAAAAACCUAUACUGCAAGGAAAGCGAAUCAACGACGACAACAAAAAUUCAACUUGUACAAUGCCUUUUUUUAGGUUUAAGUAUUAUACAAAAAAAAAAGUAUUAUACAACUGUAAACAGUGGUUGUGUUAAUGCUUACACAACCGCUAUGGAGCAAAACUGCCCUCUAGCACAGGAAAGCGCCAUGAUAAGAGAAGCAACAACAUCCCCAGCGACACAAAAUGGAAAGACGGGGUUAUCUUCUGCACCUUUACAUUUUUUUUCCAAUGUUUGUUGGCCACAUAGCACAUUUUCCCCCACAGGUGCAAAUUUCGGGGACUUUUCUCCCCUAAGAGCUGUUGUGGUGUUGUGAUGAUGACAUAGGCUUAUUUUUUAACAAAACACAGACACGCACACAACAGAAAUAGAAUGAACAGAGUCAGUCAGACCACAGUAGUUUGUGAAGUUCUAGCUUAAGGUGGAAAUGAAUUAUAUGUGUCUCUUUCUCUCUUUGUAUACCAUCAUUUCCAUUCAAUCAAGCAUUUUUAAUCGACUUGCGCUUAGAAUGUAUCCACUUUCUACUUCUAUAUUUUUUUUAAUUUGCUUUUUUAAUUGUUGACAGCCAGUGGGUUUCUUCUGAUUGUAUCCUUGAUUUCACAGAUGAAUUUCUGUCUUACUGAGGUGUUUUCCUCGAGUUCCUUUCAUGAAUUUGCCAAGCAUCGUUCACCAAAGGAGCCUUGCCGGACUCUUAACAACAUGACUGUUUUCAUAAGUUUCAAGCCAUUUCCAAAGGAUGUGUUUUCAUUUCUUUCUCUUCUCUCCCCCCCCAUCAUUCCUUCCUCGAGGAGCAUUUUUUUAAAUUCACUUUUUUGCUGUGUAUUUUCUUAGAAACACUUUGCACAGAAAAUCACCUUUCUCACUUUCUUGUGCCUUUUGCAUGUUGGAAAGAGUAAUGAGCACCACUGCUACUCAUGCUUAAAAACCGUCUGAGAACCUAAAUAAAUCAUAUGGGAGGAUUAAUGGCUUUACAUUUCUAAA